AUGUUAAAACACAAAAAAGUCUCCGUGAAAAAAAUCUGUCCCGGUUGUGGAUUACAGGUAAUUUCUAUACAGUAUAAUUUCGUUAUAAUCAUUAACCAAACACUUCAAAAAAAAUUAUUAUUCCCGUAAACACGUCUCUGUCAAACGUUAAUGUGAAACAAAUUGCCUAUUUUUUAUUUAUUUUUUUCCACGAUUGUAAUGUUCAACUGUUUGAAAUUUAAUUUUUAAUUUUUAUUUAACCUUGUUUUCAGUUCCCCGUAGCCGUUAAGACUUGUACCAAAUGCAAACAUUCGUUUUACCUGUCCAAAAAAGAUAUAACCCCCAAAAUCAGUCCCAAUGUGGCGACGGCUACAACCGUGUCGCCAGUAGUGGAAGGCAAAGAUGUUAUGAUUGUUGGUCCCACACGCUCAGACGGCCGCCGUAGAACAGAACGAGUUCGUCGUGAGAAACCAAAUUAUUAUGAUGCCUCAGCAUUCAUACGGAAAACUCGGGUAAGUAAAUUUAAAUAUUUUUAAUUUUAGAUAUUGACAUAUUGUAACUAGCGUAGGUAGAUCACAUUCAUAUAGUUUUAAUUUGUUGUUGAUGGAUGUUCCAAUUCGUUUACCGUUAUUCGAUAGUUCUUGUUUAAGUAUUUAUGUUCAUGUCCUACCUAAUAUAAUUUUUUUCAAUGACUAUGCAUAUUAGUAUUUAUUACAUCAUAAUGACUAGUAUUAUAGUUCAUGACUUAAUGUUUGCAUUUGAAUUAAAUAUACUUACCUAUAUUAUAAAAAAAAGAUUAUAAAUGUAUUAAACGUUAUAUCAAUAUCACUGUAUUUUAUUUUUCACAUAAUAAAUAAAUGUAUAUGUAUAAAAACACUUGUUUAAAUACUAUUGAUGAACAUUAUUAAUAGUGUAGGUAGUAAAUUUACAUAAAUAAGUAAAUAAAAAUUCUAACUAUUUCUAAUUCUAUAAUGUUAUUGAUAUGUACAAUUUUCUUUUAAAUUUCAUUUUUAUUAAAAUAAUGUUGAUAUUUUUAUGACAUUUACCCAUAAUAAUUUUUAUCAGUUUAAAACUGAAUAUAUUUUUUUUUCUAUCAUCCAUCACAGUAUUUAAAAGAUCCUCUGUAAUACUGGAAAGAAUUUAAUUAAUUUUAUCUAAUUUAUAUGUUUUACAGAAAAGAACUGAAAAACCAAACCCAAAACAAAAUGACAAUUUUCAAGGUCGUCGAGGUGUACAGAUAACCCAGCCCAAAAAAGGAGUGACGCCUCAAAAACAAAAUUAUAAAACAAAAGUCAUGCAAGAUCCAGAAGACAAAAUUUACCAUACUAUAAUGAAGAAUGAGAAAGCAAAAGUAUGUGCUAUCAUAUUAACUGAAUUGAAUGAUAAGCUAAUGCUAACUUCUUGGAGGCCAUAA